GACACUGAUAUCAGUCACAACGAUAGUGAAAUUACAAAUAUGGAUAACAUAGCUAUUAUUAGUUAAGAUAUGACCUUCUCUUAUCUAGUGUCUCUAAUCAAUAUCAGGCCAAUAACCUCUGCACCGCUUAUCUGACCCAAACACCCACCGUAUGUCUCGGACAUUGCGCAGCUACAAUGACACAUUGCGCAACCGGUGGGGUCCAUUCCCAAAUUGUGUCAUCUUCCCCUAUUGAAGGCUCGUGACCUGAUUGGCAGAUAACUAUCUCAGACUCCACAGCCGUACCGUGGCUGCUACCCUGUCUUCACCGGCGCGUAUAAGCCGAGCGCAUCUCUUGCGGCCCCACCACACAAAUACCCUGCCAAACCCAAUCCACAAAUUCGCGCUUGGCCAUGGAGUUGGCCGAGCUUAUCAAUUCGAUCCACAAAUUCACCAUAAAUCCAUCACAAUCAGAUAAGCACAUACCGUCCUGUAGCAACCAAGUCCCGGUCAAGUAGUUUUCCCUUUUCCAGAAUCGUGACAAAUCCUUUGGUGGCACGGCGAGACCCUUUUUCGCCAGGCCUACCAUGGAGAUGCGCUUAUCUCUUAUCACGAAAAACAAAACAACCGCUGCCGUGCUUAUCAGAGAAUCCACAGUGAUGAUAACAUAGUAACAUUUACGUGACAAUAGGGGCCUUCGGUCAUAGAUUUGAAUAAUGUGUGGAACAGGAACCAACUUCCGAAUACGACCUGGCGGUUGCAGUUUCCCAACCCCUAUGUAUUGUAUCUACGUUUCUGGUCACCGAUUAGGAGCAAUCAUCAAAUUUUUCACUGUCGCACCUUUUGUUUUUCUCCUUUUCUAUACCCGGAAAAAAAAUUUUUAUCAUUCAAAACACCAAGUACACAUUCAUGUCGUAUAAUUACAACGCCGAGUUGAACCAAAAACUCGAUGGGUUGAACUUGAGUGACAAACGUAACAUCAAUAUCCUCCCCAAGCGAUCGUUACUACUGAGUUCUCUCGCUAACGAAAGACUCAAUUCCUUGCAUGGCGACUAUGAAGUAAACUAUUUGGCGCCUGCUCAACUAUCACCAGAACAUCCAGAAGACCACCCAGAACCCACCUUACUUGCAACCAGCGUUGGUAAGGACUUGGAUGGCCGGCUCAUACCUUCGUCCUCGACGAUUUCCCUCAUGUCAUUGAACGAUCAACACCAACAUUUAUCACCCAAUCUACCCCAACAACAGUUUCUCACUGGCGGCUUCACCACGUCGCCCCAACAACAACCACUUGGAAGUCAGGGUCUUGACGACCCUAACUACACCCUUUCCUCCAAGAACAUUCUCGAUAGAAAGUCCGGACUCCGUAGUCGCAAUUCUAUCACCCACUUGAACCAAAAGCGCUUUGAAACAUACCAACGCAUGUCGAGCCCAACCACCAACGAAGACGACCAUUCGACAUCCCAGAGCAUCCCCAUUAACGGCAAACUCAUCCCGGACCUGCCUAAUCUUGAUCCCACCUCGUUGACGGGUUCUCCAUCUCGAUUCUGGUUAUCGUCUCAGACUCCACCAAGGUCCAUGAACAACUCCUAUAAAAAGCUUUCGGCGUUGUCCCACCUUCUGCCGCAGGUCCCAAACCAGCAGCAUCUUCACCGGCACCUUCUGCACCUCCAGGCCCAACAAAGUCAGUCUCAACAAACGUACGAUAUCAAGUCUGGGCUCUCCCAAGCAUUUCUGUCACAGGCUGGGGUCCUGGAUCCCGUUAACAUUCCUCAGCAUUCGGGUGGAGACUCUCCCAUCUUGAACCCAGUUCAGACUCCCAGUGAAGAACAGCCAAUGACUCCGUUGUACUUGAACAACAAUGAGUUUUAUAAUCCAACUAGCUACUUUGGAAUGAACUCCACCGAGAACAUCGAUGAAGAGGAUGAGACUUACCGCGACGAUGCGGCCGUGUCCUCCAUCAUGUAGCUGCAAUUUAUAGGUAUAGGAAGGUAAUAGCAUAGAGCAUUGCUCAUUAG